CGUUUGUUUCCACGCUUUCGUCUGUGUUCUUUGUUGUUUAGCGAGGACUGUGUUUUUUUUUUUCACAUCCUACCAUUUAGCGGAGAGCGUUUUACGCACAGGUGGGAGAUACCCGCUCAGCGUACUGUAGGACAGCCCCCCUCUCUGCUCCUCAGCGGAUGAUGUGAGGAAGUGACAUUUUUCAUCGCUGCGGUUCGGGACAGCACUGCUCCGCUGCAAACAGGUGUGCUGCCGUCCGGGUCACUUUUGCUAGGAAACAACAGAGAGGCAGCGUCCCAAACCCGGAACCAAGCCUCAUUCACACGGGACAGCGGAGACCAGAGGAGGAGGAUCAACCCGGUCAAGUCUUUAUUAGCCUGGGCUGUUUGAACGGGUUCAGACGGAGAGAGCGAGAGAGCGAGCGAGAGAGAGAGCGCGCGCAAGAGAGAGAGAGAGAUGGCAACGAAAAAGGCGUGCGUGGAUGCGCCCAAAAGGAGCCGGAGUCCGGUCGUGUUGGAGGCGGAGAUGUUCAGUGAAUUUCAGGACUGGUGUCUCCGGACAUAUGGAGACUCCGGUAAAACAAAGACCGUCACCCGGCGAAAAUAUAACAAAAUCAUGCAGACACUGUUGCAGAACGAGGAGUCGGAUGGCGUGUAUAUCGACAACAGCCACAUCAACGCCAAAUUCAAAUUCUGGGUGAAGUCUAAAGGAUUUCAGGUCGGGACCAACGUGUUGGGAGAGCACAACAAGAAGGGAGCUCCGGGGAAACCCGUUCUAUAUGUCCCGGUCAAGACAACGUGCUCGGAUGGGAAUUCGGCCCAAGACAACUCCUCUCUGAAGCGUGUAGCUGUGGUGGAAGACUUCUUCGACAUCAUCUAUGCCAUGCAUGUGGAGAUGGGCGCCGACCCGGGAAGAGCACCCAAACAUGCAGGCCAAAAGAAGACCUACAAAGCGAUAGCAGAGACCUACGCCUUCCUGCCCAGAGAGGCGGUGACUCGGUUCCUAAUGAGCUGUGGAGAGUGUCAGAAGAGGAUGCACAUCAACCCGAGCACUGCAGAGUUCAAAGAAAAUGACAGACCCACCUCGCUGGUCCCGGACCUCAUUGAUUACAACAUGCCUCUCACUGCCACCUACCUGAAACAAAUGAAGCUGCAAUGCAUGACAGCCACUGAAAGGGAUGACAGUUCGGUGAGCAGCGAGGACAUGAACGGUAUUGAGCCGACCUGGGUCGCAGCUGAGCCGCCACCAGUGCCUGAGCCCAGUCCACCUAACGGAGAGAGAGUCAGCAACCCGGCAGCCCUCAUUAAAGAAGACGAUGAUGACGUCUCCUCGGAGAGCGGCAGUGCCAACGGGCUGCCGGCCCUGACCUCCCCUGAGGCGCUGGCUGUGGGUGGGAACCCCCCAGAUGGUGGGGCCCCUUACGGGGAGGUGACAGAGAACGGGCUGAGCGCUCCCCUGGACUUCAGCACCACCUCGCCGUCGUCCACCUCUGAGGAUCAGCAGCCGGUCAAUCUGAGCGACAGACUGCUGCCGGUGGGGAGCUCGCCACCAAACUCUUACCCCGCAGACCCCAACAGGAAGUACCCCAUCAAAACAGAGUACAACAACAAGUCCCCUCCUUACAGCUCAGGGAGCUAUGACUCUGUGAAAACUGAACUGAGCAUGAGCGCUGAGGACUUGACCUCUGGUCGGGCACAGAUAAUUGACGACGACGAUGACGAUCAUGACGACCACGAUGACAGUGACAGGAUCAACGACGCCGAGGGUAUGGACCCUGAGAGACUCAAAGCCUUCAAUAUGUUUGUGCGUCUGUUCGUGGAUGAGAAUCUGGACCGCAUGGUGCCCAUCUCCAAACAGCCCAAGGAGAAGAUCCAAGCCAUCAUCGAGUCCUGUAGCCGCCAGUUCCCAGAGUUUCAGGAGCGCUCCCGCAAGCGCAUCCGCACCUACCUCAAAUCUUGCCGCCGUAUGAAAAAGGGUGGUUUUGAGAUACGACCAACACCUCCUCACCUCACCUCUGCCAUGGCUGAGAACAUCCUCGCUGCUGCCUGUGAGAACGAAACCCGAAACGCUGCCAAGAGGAUGCGGCUCGAUGUCUACCAAGCGGAUGAACCUGCCUCUGUUGACAAGACCAACUCGAGGGACUCGGCCUCUGUGGCCCCGUCAGGGUUCACCAUCUCCAGCGCAGCUUUUGCCCAAGACCAGCUCUACACCAACGGAGGCCUCAACUACAACCUGCGGGGAUACGGGACAGGCGGCAGCAACCAGCAGAACUCUGGUGCUGCACACACCAAUGGUCCCACAGAUCUAAGUAUGAAGUCAGUCGGCCCAAACUCCACCUCCUCCAGCUCCAACAGUCACGGUCAGGGAGGUGGCGGUGGUGGAGCUUCGGCUCAGCUCAGCCCUCCGGAGGUCACGGCGGUGAGGCAGCUCAUCGCAGGAUACCGGGAGUCCGCAGCCUUCCUGCUCCGCUCAGCGGACGAGCUGGAGAACCUGAUCCUGCAGCAGAACUGAGUCCGAGCCAAACCUUCUCACAGCCUGCCCAUCUAUGUCGCACUCGGUCACACAUCUCCGGCCAGAUGUUCAUACAAAGACACAAAUGUAUACGAGUGAUACUGCAGCGCACAGUGGGUCCAGUAGGUACGGUACCUUUACUUAUUCCCACGUUUUAAUGUGUUUGGACGGGCCAGAACAUAUCACAGGCUGACAAAUGUUUAUUUAUGCAUUUGGUUCACUUUGACCUUAGUGCCCUGUUAUCUGUAGCCAUUCAUCCCAUUCAGUUCAUUUUAAACCCUUCAACCUCCAUUCGUCUCAGGAAGCGAUGAUCUAUGUGAAAGAGUUAUCUUCAUUGGUGCACAGGGGAGAACCAGAACCUUAAAUUAGCUGUGACCAUGACGCCACAUUGGCUCGUUUAUGCAGAUGUUUGGCCAAAUUACAAGUUAAAUGGCAGCGAUUUAUUAUCAUUACCUUCUUUCUAUUUUUACACAAAUAUAAAACAUGCUGUACAGUGGCAUGAUCUGAUUGGGUCGUCUGAAUCGAGUCAUUUCUCGACGAUAAUUCUCUCCAAAUUCACUUUUGUCUCAUGGCAAGUUUGGAGUAUUGCUUUCUGAAAGUCUGCAGAUAAAUCGCUGCUAAAUCCACUGACCUCAACAGCUAUUAAAGGACGGGCUGACUUAAAUAUACGCAAAAAAGCAAAGAAACAGGACAGUGUUCGACAGUUUUGACCUGAAAAGUUCGACCAACAGAUCGGUGAAAGCUAUACCUCGGUCCUGCUCUGGUGGAGUGGUUUCCAGAAUCUUAGACACGAUGGUUACUAAGAGAGAAAAGACUCAUUACCCAACGUGACUUUAUUUAUUAUAUUAUGAAUAUUUCUAUCACGGUCAACUUCUCAUUACUUAAAAACGAAAGGAGGCUUUUACGAAGCCUGGGUAUGCAAAUUGAGGUCACAGACACCUGUCAGGGAAACAAAGGAGAUUAAUAUAUUGUUUAGACUCUUGGUUUAUAACCAGUGCUUCUGGAAAAGAGGAAAAUGGUGCAAUAUUGAAGAUAAUCAGUAAUGGUGUGCUUACUGAAAUGACUCUCAGACUUGCUGAAGCGUUUUAAGACAAAAAGACAGAGAACUUUACCACAAUCUCCUCUGGCUGUAACUGUCAAGUUAUAUAAAAAAGAAGAACCGAUAUCCCAUGCAGCAUUGUAGCCAAUUUCAAUGUUGUUUGUUGUGAAUGGCGAUCUUUAUCGCGAACCUCAUAACUGAGGCACUUUCAUGUAUUGGGAUCAGUCAUCCGUAGUGGUAAACAGAAAUGGGACCUGGCAGAAAAAUGAGACUUAAUGUUGCACGUCUUCAUUUUCUUUUUUACUUUAAAGUGAGUUUUUGGGGUCUUUUUGUGAAGGAAUCGUCCUGUGAGUAUUUUGUAAGUUAAAAAGGAGCAUAUUGAGCUCACAUGCAUCGGUGUAACCCUAACAUCCAUGUGGCUUUACUGGAUGUAGUGUGAGUGUGUGUGGGCUGUAUCAUCCCCUCUGACCUCAGCUGUGUCAAACCCUCGCUCUCAUCUCCAUCAUAUAGAUGUCAUGUCUGAAAACACACUGUCUGAAAAGAAGCAAGAGACAAUCUUUGAGAAAGAUGUAAUCGCAUCACAGUUUACUCUCCCAGCUUUCUGCAAGUGUGUGUGUGUGUGUGCGUGUGUGUGUGUGUGCGCAUGUGUGUGUGUGUUGGUGGUCUGAGGGCACACAAGAGUACUCAAAGCAGAUCUAGAGCACAGUCUCACAACAGACACUUUUAAUGAUGAGUCACUCGGCACAAAAACGUGUAAGUGUGUGUGUGUGUGUGUGUGUUUUUAAUACCUUUUUUUUGUUGGUGUAAGUGUUGGUAUUGACAGUAUGUUUGUGGUUUUCUGUUUGUGUAUAAGUGGAGUGACCCAGUUUGUACCACAUCAAUCUGUGAAGAUUUAAUUCAGUAGGCUGAAACAUUCCAAACAAGGACAAUGACUCUUCUAGCAGCCGAAAAGUGGCUCGCACCUUAUUGAUUAGUCAAAGUUUAGAGAGAUAUAUUUCUGUAUUUAUCACAAAUCUUAUCAAAUUUAUCAGUUAUUUAUCAUGAAUCAGUCUAUUUCUCACCACCACUUGGUCUAGAGUUGGAUUUACAUGCUAAACGACUAUUUCUCAUUUUUAUUCCCAUGUCAUGAUUGGGAUGCAUUACAUUUAAAUUAUUUUUAACUAUUGCAAGUUUGGAAGCACUUUAUAGCUCAGGAUUAAGGUAACAUAACAGUGAUUUGAGUGCGUCUUUACCUCAUUUGGAUUAUCAGCUUCAGUUCAAACAUAGCAAGAACUGAUUAUGACAAAGGACAGAAGCAGCGCUCAUUCUGCUUUAUUGAUGAAAAAAGCAAAUAACUCUUUUUUGAAAAACCUUAUGAGCUCAGUUUGAACUCAUUGCAGAGGGGUGUGUCAUAAAGAGACUCAGAAAGGCUUAUUGUCAAAAGUCUGUCGCAAAUUAGCAACUGGAACCAGGAUGAAUCUGUUUCAUAAAGCUGGUUUGGAGCUGAAUCUGGUUUAUUUCAUAAAGAGUGGCUCGUAGUGAUGAACCUGCAGAGAAGUAUCCCCUGUAUCUGCAGCUCCCUUUGACUUUUUACAGAACUUUAAAGUGAGUUUUGGCACAUUGUUUGGUUGUUUGCAAAUCAUGCGAAACGUUUUUGCCACCCAAAAAGCCACUGUACACUACCUACAGUCAGCGACUAGCCGGUGAACAUAGUGCAGCCAUUAGCAGCUAAAGAGACAGAUAUUUCCCUCAGUAGAUGGUGGAGACCAAAAACAAAGCUUAAACAGACAAAUUAAUGAUAAUGUUACUUUCUUCAUAUCUGCUUAAUAUUUAAAUAAGCAACUGUUUGAUAACAAGUUCACCAUGUCAACUUUAAAAAGUGAUGAUAUGUCAAUAUUGUGUUCACAGCUUGAUCCCGCUGCAUCCGAGUGACCAAAAGAACAUCUGUAUUUGCAGUUUUAAGUUAUCAGUUGGAUUUCUUGACACAACCAAGUGACACAACCGCUUUAAUUUAGUUGCAGUGCAACAUACAUUGACUUUAAUCCGGUGAAGGUUGACCGAUUCAUUGUAAAACACAGUUUAAGCCUGAGCUGGAGCUAAGCUUUUAGCUUCAGUUUAAGCCUGAAAGCUGGAAUACGCCUGCUUCAACCGCUUUAUGAAACACCCCUCUGGGCUCAAACAGACGUAAUCAUAGAUGUACGUGGGACCCGAGUCCUCACACAUGUCUUCCUUGUUUCCUCCAACCUGCUCGCUCAUCACUGCAGCCACAGCCGAUCCUCACACUUCACGCCAAACUCAGUGAUGUCCUGCUGUCCCAUUCUCACAACCAAACAUUAGCUUGCAGAUUUGUAAACUGUCUUAAGUCUACGCUGAGCAACAUUUGUGCUGAAGUUACUGUGAUCACCGACAACCACUUGUUGUCAUGUUGUUGUUUUGUUUUUCUAAAAAUGCCCAAUGGAUUUUCUCUUUGUAUUGACUAGACAAUGUAAUCUAUUGGUGUUAAAAUGCCCUGGUAGCUUGUGGAUUGCUUAAGUGGUCAGAUAAAUGUACUGUAUAGCUGUACAAAGAGUGAUAAAAGAUGUUUUAAACCUUUUUUUCUGUGGGUACAGCACUGUAAAAAAAAAGAAGAAAGAAAUCAAAGUGCUUUUAGCCUUUGCUUGUUUGAACUUAUCAUUUGGUGGUGGUCUGUAUUACUUCUAUUGUUAUUUAUAUUAUUUCAAUUGUUGCCUCUCCUGCACUGAUACGAGACUGUAGCUCUGUGCAGGAGGUUGUACUGUAAACCUGUGUGAAGCUUUGUAUUCCCCCUCUGGUUUUGGACUCAGUGAAAGUGUGAUGUUUACAUGUACAGUUUUUCAGAAUACAUUUGUGUUUUAUUCAGGCUAUAUUUUCUUUUCCUCACCUAUACCCUAAAUCUGUGUACAUUUGGCCAGAUGUUUUUCUUUUUGUUGUUUCAUUGCAUCAAAGUGCAGAUGUGACCCCUUUGACUUCUUGGUCAUGCGGUCAUGAAGCGUGCCGUGACAGCUGGAUCGGGUCGGCUCGAUGUUGUGGUGGCUUUCAGCAUUUUAAAAAAAAGGUAAAUAUUAAGUAAAAGGGAGCUUCACAACUUCUCAAAGUGGACCAGCAAAGAUAUAUUAAGGAUCAACUUUAAUCAACUGUUUUAGAAUACUAUUGUGGCCUAAAUGGAGAUCGGUGGGGUGUAGGUACAUUUAUUAUGUGCUCAGAACCUUUUAACGUCCCGGCCGUAUUGUCAGGGGAAACUCCUUGUCCUUAACCCGACUGGUACCCUGAAAGGUACACUUUGACCUGUUGUAAUAUCUCCUCGGUAACAUAAAGCCAUUCCCCUCUCCUGGCCUUUUUAAGGGGAACCCAUAAACCUCAGGAAAUACUGAAUCUCCAAGUUUAGUUUUUAUCCAGUGAUUUCUUCUGAAAUGAGAUUUAAAUCUCUUAACGAAAACCAUUAACAUUUAUAUGAGACGUCUAUUGUUUUGUACAUUCAUCAUUGUGAUUUAAAAGUGGAACUUUUUUCCAGUACCUGUGACCUAAUAGUUUGAUUUUUUUUGGAGUGUUUAUAGGUAUGGAUAUUUAUUAUUAUAUGUGAAACAAAAAGACAAAAGAAAAGGGUUGAACCUGUUUCAUUUGUAUGUUUCAUGCAAAACUGUCCAGGUGAGAUUCUCUCUGCCUCUUACAUAUCACUGAUGAGGGACCUGUGUUUGUUUGGAAAUAGCGCUUUUUCAGUGUUGCAUCAACGCUAUGAAAAAAAAAAACAAAAAAAAAACACCAGUGGUUUACCAACAGCAGAGCUCCAAGGCGCUCCUCUUCUCCUGAGAUGUCAGUAAUUGAAUAAAACAGUGCGAUGAGCCAUC